AGAGAUAAACGCUACUCCUGGGAGGGGGCUUGUGGGAGAAACAUGGCGGCCACCCUUCCUAAGAUCUUGUCCUUCGCUAAAAAUACGAGGACUUUUCUCACAACAUCAAGAAUUUCUCCUGUACCGGUUCAGCGAUACAGUGUUCCUGUUUCCAGCUACGGAGAAAAAAUCACUCACACGGGACAGGUUUAUGAUGAAAAUGAUGUAAGAAGAGCAAGAUUUGUGGGGAGACAAAAAGAGGUGAAUCAGAAUUUUGCUAUAAACCUGGUUGCGGAGGAGCCGGUAUCCAAUGUGGAAGCUCGAGUGAUGUCCUGUGAUGGAGGUGGAGGAGCUCUGGGCCAUCCUAAAGUUUAUAUCAACCUGGACAAAAUGACCAAAGUGGGUACGUGUGGAUACUGCGGACGUCAGUUUCAGCAGAAACACCACCACUGAAACUUCUCCUGUCCUCUUUUCUCUGUUGAUUAUAAAUUAUUCCCUUUGACCUGUGUGGUUUCCUGUAUAAUAAAAUCAUACAAUUGAUUUAAAGAUA